UUCAUUCGAACGCAACUAUCGAAGGUAAUUUUUCCUGAUUCUUCAAACAUUUUAUUUCUCAAAUAUUCAUCAAUUUUAUCAGUGUUAGACAUUUAAGGUGAUACAGAAAAACAUUCACAAGAUGGCAAGUCGAAUGAUGGCCAUUGCUGUUCGCAAUUCAACAAAGACUCAAUUGUCUUUGGUUUCAACACGUUCAGCAAGUUCAGGAGGGCAGUAUGCUGAGCAAUUAGCAAAAAUCGGUAAUCGUGACAUUGUUGGAUAUGGUUGGAAUGGUGAGCUGGUCUAUCAUGAUCGUGUUGACUACCCAAUGCCAGCUAUUCGCUUUAAGGAAAACACUCCAGAUGUCAUGGCUUUAAGAGAAAAGGAGAAGAGUGAUUGGAAGAAGUUAUCCAUUCAAGAAAAGAAAGCAUUGUACCGAGCAUCGUUCUGUCAAACUUUCGCUGAAAUGAAAUACCCGAGCGGUGAAUGGAAACAACAUAUUGGAAUGGCAUUGAUUGCUGCGUCGUUGUCCAUUUACGUUUCAUUACUUAUGGGAUUGUUUGGUAAUAAUUUGAUUUCUUGCUUUCUUUACAAAGUCUUGCUGCAAGUUCAAAAUCAAUUGUUGGAUUAUGGAGGAAGUGGAAUGUCUGUCAUGGAAAUGUCCCAUCGAGGUGCGACAUAUUUAAAGAUUCAUGAAGAUGUCAUCAAGAGAUGUCGAGAUAUAUUAAAAGUUCCAGAUAAUUAUAAAAUCUUGUUGAUGCCUGGUGGUGGUACUGGACAAUUCUCUGCAGUUGCCAUGAAUCUUAUGGGAAAAACCGGUUGUGCUGACUAUGCUGUUACUGGAGCCUGGUCAGCUAAAGCUUUCAAAGAAGCUCAAAAAUAUGGCAAAGCUAAUCUUGUCUUCCCAAAAGCUGAAAAAUUCACAACCAUUCCAAACCAGUCUGAAUGGAAAUUGGACCCAAAUGCUUCGUAUGUUUAUUAUUGCGACAAUGAGACUGUUGAUGGAGUUGAAUUUAAUUUCAUUCCUGAAACGAAUGGUGUGCCAAUAGUUUGUGACAUGUCAUCAAACUUCAUGUCACGACCAGUUGAUGUGUCAAAGUUUGGAGUCAUCUAUGCUGGAGCUCAGAAAAAUGUCGGACCUGCUGGAAUCACGGUGGUGAUUGUAAGAGAAGACUUGAUUGGACAUGCUUUACCGUUCACACCUUCUAUCUUGGAUUAUGCUGCAACAGCCAAAGACAACUCAAUUGCUAACACUCCACCAACAUUUUGUAUUUACGUCAUGGGUCAAGUUUUUGAAUGGUUACAACGUAAAGGUGGAAUUGAAGGCAUGGCCAAACAUUCUCAGGAAAAAUCUCAGUUGAUUUACAAGGCUAUCGAAGAUUCUAAAGGUUUUUACUUUUGUCCAGUAGAUGCUAAAUGUCGCAGCAGAAUGAACGUCCCAUUCAGAAUUACUGCAAAUGUUGAUUAUGAAAAAGAAUUUCUGGAGAAAGCGGAAAAACAAGGAAUGAUGCAAUUAAAAGGUCAUCGAUCAGUAGGAGGUAUUCGGGCUUCAUUGUACAAUGCUGUAACUUUAGAAAACACCGAAACUCUCGCUAAAUUUAUGAGAGAAUUUUAUGAAAGCAAAAAUUGAUGAAUGAAAUUCUACAUUUAAUCAUUUCUCCUGAUUCUGGAUAAAUAUCUAUUUGAAAUGAAAAUAAAGCUCUCGAGAAAUAGAAAACUUCUUUACUCAAAUCAACU